AUAUCAGCAUCAGCAUGCUCACGGACAAAAUCCGCCUCUCUGGUCCCGAGACUCACGAACCAGAAGACUACCUCUCCUCAGCCCUUGCGGUCAUAUUCCCCGACGACAUCACAAAUCAACACGGCGACCGUGACAGCUCAGUUCUUUACCUCUCGCCGUCGCACGGCGCGAUAGACCUCACACUCGCAGAUCCACUGGGUGAAGACAGCAGGAAGCUGUUCAGCCAUUUUUUAUGGAAUGCCGGUGUGCAGUUGGCGGAAUUUAUCGAGGAGGGGAGGAGUAUACAUGGUGCGGAUGGGCGGGAAGAGGGCAGGGAGGAGUGGAGUGUGAGGGGGGAGAGAGUGCUGGAGCUGGGGGCUGGGACUGGACUUGCGGGUUUGAUGGCUGCUUUCGAAAGCGCGGAGAUGGUCGUCAUAAGUGACUACCCUGCGCUAGAAGUUCUGAAUAAUAUAUCUGCGAAUGUAGAGCGGAAUCUCAAGCCUAGGAAAGCGGAAAAUCCUGCGACAGUUGCGGAUGUGGAGGUUCACGGCCAUGAGUGGGGAGAGUUGGACGAUACAUUCUCGAUUGAGAACAAAGCUUCUUUUGGAAGGAUAUUGGUAGCUGAUUGUCUUUGGAUGCCAUGGCAGCACAUGAAUUUGCUGAAAAGCAUUUCGUGGUUCUUGAAGGACGCAGAUGGCAGGGCCUGGGUGGUAGCGGGGUUCCACACCGGGAGAGAGAAGAUGAAAGGGUUCUAUGAGGAAGAAGCUUUGAACGAUGCAGGUCUAGAAAUCGAUAAGAUCUGGGAGAGGAAUGCCCAAGGUUCUGAGAGAGUGUGGGUGGAGGACCGGGGCUUUGAAGAUGCGACCGAGAGGAAACGAUGGUUGGUCGUCGGGAUCUUGAAGAAGAAGGCUGGGCGAAGACAAGCUCUCUAA